AUCUUCUGUUCUUCUACCCAGUGUCGCAAAACCCCUGAUCCUGAAUGCUUUCCAUAAUCUGAUUACUGUCUUCAGUUCAGUGUUUUGCAUCGUCAUAAUCGGUUAUCAAUUUUUUGAAAGGGAAGAAGUAUCGACCCAAACGCCCCCCUCAACCCCGCCAGCACCACCUCCUACAGAUAUCAUCGUCAUGUCUUUAAGACUAUAACUCUGCUCUUCUCAAUUUAAAAAAUAUGAUCAAUUCAUACUCACGAUUAUGGAAGAUUCCACUGCAGUUCCCGAAGAAUAGGCCGUGCAGCCCUUGUUUUCAGACGGUGUCUUCGAGCUUCUGUCGGUUUUUGAGUUCUAUGAUGACUGGUGAUUCUUUUGUAGUCUCUAGUGGAAAUGGCAAUGGCAGUAUCAACCCACUACCUAAUCUGCAGAGGACUUACCAAGUGGUGGUUGCUGCCACCAAAGAUAUGGGCAUUGGUAAGGAUGGAAAAUUACCCUGGAGAUUAUUUACCGAUCUCAAGUUUUUUAAGGAGAUCACUACCGCAACAUCUGAUCCCGGGAAGAAGAAUGCCAUAGUAAUGGGAAGAAAAACAUGGGAGAGUAUCCCUCUUAAGUAUAGGCCUCUACCCGGUCGGCUUAAUGUUGUUCUCACACGCUCAGGUAGCUUUGAUAUUGGAACGGCAGAGAAUGUUGUGAUUUGUGGAAGUAUCUCUUCUGCAUUAGAACUUUUAGCUGCUUCUCCUUACUGUCUGUCAAUUGAGAAAGUAUUUGUCAUAGGAGGCGGUCAGAUAUUUAGAGAAGUUCUUAAUGCACCUGGAUGUGAAGCUAUCCACUUCACUGAAAUUCAUGCAAGCAUUGAGUGUGACACUUUUAUGCCUCCAGUUGAUUCCACUAAAUAUCAGUUAUGGUACUCAUCCUUUCCUAAGGUGGAAAACGACAUCCGCUAUUCUUUCGCCACGUAUGUGCGUGUUCAGAGUUCUGCAGCAGAGUCCCUGAGUCAGAAUACUGAUCCACUUUUUGAUAAUAAUUCAGAUUCCCUAAAGUUUGAGGUUCAAAACUUUGACUUUCUUCCUGAAAUGAUUCUUCAGAGACAUGAGGAAUACAUGUAUCUUAGGCUGAUUCAAGAAAUCAUAUCUGAAGGUACAACUAAGGAUGAUAGGACAGGGACUGGUACCUUGUCAAAAUUUGGUUGCCAGAUGAGGUUCAAUCUCCGCAGAAGCUUUCCUCUUCUAACAACCAAGAAAGUAUUUUGGCGAGGGGUUGUUGAAGAACUUCUUUGGUUUAUCAGUGGCUCAACAAAUGCCAAGGUGUUGCAGGAAAAAGGCAUUCAUAUAUGGGAUGGCAAUGCAUCCAGAGAAUACCUGGAUAGUAUUGGUUUGACAGAGAGGGAGGAGGGUGACUUAGGACCUGUUUAUGGGUUUCAGUGGAGGCACUUUGGUGCCAGGUAUAGUGACAUGCAUAAGGACUACUCCGGCCAAGGAUAUGAUCAGCUUUUAGAUGUUAUUAACAAGAUAAAGCAUAAUCCUAAUGAUCGACGUAUCAUUCUCUCUGCAUGGAAUCCAGUUGAUCUUAAAUUGAUGGCACUUCCACCCUGCCACAUGUUUGCACAGUUCUUUGUAGCAAAUGGAGAAUUAUCAUGUCAAAUGUAUCAGCGAUCUGCUGACAUGGGCCUGGGCGUGCCAUUUAAUAUUGCAUCUUAUGCGCUCCUGACAUGCAUGAUUGCUCAUGUUUGUGAACUCGUUCCAGGUGAUUUCGUCCAUGUUAUUGGGGAUGCACAUGUUUACCACAAUCAUGUGCGGCCUUUGCAGGAGCAGCUUCUUAACCUACCUAAACCUUUUCCUACUUUGAAGAUAAAUUCAGAGAAGAAAGAUAUAGACUCUUUUGUAGCUGCUGAUUUCAAGCUUGUAGGCUAUAAUCCUCACCAGAAGAUUGAGAUGAAGAUGGCAGUUUAAAACCUGUUAGAUUCUUUCUCCCUUCUUCAGAUUGUUUCUGGUUUUUGAAAUUGUAAGUUUGCAGUUGUUUUGCUAGACAAAUUUUCACCUUCAGAAGAUUUAUCAAACGUGGUUUGGUGCUUUCUUAUGGUCCAUGAGCCGUAGAACCAUGUUGAGCAUGUAUGCUAAAGGGAUUAGGAUCCUCUCAUAUUAGAUAACAAUAUCAAGUGAAACAUUUUUUAUCUUUUUCUUCAUAAAUAUUCAGAGGAUUCCACCUAAUCAAUACUUAUGAAGUGAGAUAGACACAAAAGUUUCAAUAUAAUAGUGUCAUGUGAAGAUUCCACAUGAGAGGAUCGUAAUCCAUCUUUGAAAGAAAGGGAAGAUCUGUGUGGGUGUUUGCUAAAAGCGAGAAACUUAUGGCUUCAAGGAUGAUGUUGUACAAAGGAAUUGCUACUGCCAAUGGCUCCCUUUACCAUUUGCUUUGUUUUUUAUGAACUCAUGUUCAAAAUUAAAUAAUGUCAAAAUUGCUCUUUUUUGUUUCUUGGGGGUAAUUUAGUGAACAUGAUAGCAGCAUGUAAUCCAAUCUGAUGUAUAUAAGCUAUAUUUUAUUAGAUUAAUCUCAAUCACUGAUUACAAA